AUGGGGCCUGCUCUCGAGGCGGAGGAUAUGACCGUGGACCAUCUCAGGGAGGUGCUCGAUGGCAUGGUUUGCAGGAACUCCACCAGUCCUAUUACCUUGCCAGAGCAACCGCCUGGCUCUUUCAACCCGGUCAACUUCCCCUGUGCGGACUUGCUCCACACAGACAACGCGAGCGUGCACCUCUUCGAUGUCAUCUUCAACUACCGCAAGGAGAUUGACUUUACCGUGUUGGAGCGCGAGUACAAGCGAGCCAUUGAAAAUGAAGAUCUGGACCUUAUUUCUGCACCCUUCGGCUUGCAGAAGAAAGUGUCUUAUACCAUUUGGAAGCACUUCAUCUUCCCCCAGAAAUGCAAGGCCCCUCUCUUCAUGAAGCUCGGCUUCGGAGUUGCCAAGCGCGCCAUCUGGAUGCAGGAGCCCAAGCUCGGCAGAAAGAUCGUGCAGUACUGCAUUGAGACCAUGGGUGGUCGGCAGUUCAAGUGUGCGGAGCUGUCGAGCAACGCCAUCGUGAAGUCCAAGACUGUUUCCUCAUUCGAGGCCUUGGUUGACCGCGCUCUUCGGAACUUGGCUUCGGAUGGCGCUUUGGCCCGCAAGGAGUUCGAUUGGCCCAUCCCCUUGACGACCAAGUAUUACCAUUCCUGGCUCUUGGAGAUCAUGGAGGAGAUAUGGGACUUCGAUCUCUCAGCCUUCACCAUGCUGGGGGAGGCGGGCGCGGGAAAGAGCCCGUUGGGUAGGAGCGUCCUGAUGGCACAGGUGCGCCACAACAAGGCGCGCUUCAACUUGUCGGGUCAGCCUUGUAUCCGCUCUACGCCGGAGAUUGACUUUCUUCGUGGCGAACAGGGGUCCGUGCUCAUGGGCAAUUUCCUGGAUGACACAUCCUUGCACAUGCUCCCGAUGAAGUUGCUCAAGGCAUUCCUGGAUGUCGGGCUCUAUGAGAGCAUGUGUUGGGCUCGAUGGGGUGCGACAAAAUGGGUUCAAAACGAACCUCGUGCCGUCGCAGAUAACACCUAUGAUGAUGGUGUUUCCGAGGAGCCUGCGUAUGCCAACACCGUCAGCUUCGAGACUUUCUUCAAGCUCAUGCGCCCCAGCAUUGUGGAAAGUGCCACUCUCGCCCACAUGGAUGCUGUCUUCAAGAGAACUUGCAUCUUGCUGAAUACGAAGACUCACGUCUACUACAGGAAGGCGGGCAUCAACACCGAGGCAGUGCCGCGUGUGUGGGAGAUCAAGGCGGAAUAUCUCACCGAGGAGGGCAAACGUCUAUAUGGUCUUCACAAGGGUGGAACCAAGGAGAUCACAGAUGACUUCGUCGAGGAGGUGAAGAAGGAGCAGCUGUGGGUGGAGGCGGUCAUGCACAAGCGCUUCGCAGAGAGGAGUCGCAGCAAGGAGGAUGAAGAGGAAGAUGCCAAGCGCAAUCGGAUUCGGGAGCAAGUUUUCGGAGAGAGGCCAGCGGCGGCUCCUUCGGUGACUCAGCAAAUGCAAGACAAGCAGAAGCGUGCCCUUGAGAAGUCUGCAGUGUCGGUCAAGAAGGAGAAGUUUGAGAUGGAGCAGGAGGGGGUCUUCAAGAAAGCUAAGACAUGGAGCUUGAAUAUGCAGUCUUCUGGCAGCGUGAUCGACUUGGACUCUUCCCCGCAGAAAGAGAUGGAUGAGGCCUGGCUUCAUCCUGCUGGCUGCGGUGCUUCGAACGAGACCUACUCGGAGGUGUGCCUUUGCAAUUCUCUUCGCAGCCUUGGGUGCCCCAUUUCUUACGACAAGAAUGGCCCGUUCACUGCAGCUGAUGGAUGUGAGAUGUUGGCCCCCUUAGGUGCCCCUUUGAAGUUAGUGUCUACAAACAGCAAGCUGCAGCCAGGCAAGUUUAUCGUGCUGGACACAACAAGAAGCCAUUUCUUCGCUGUCAUCAACGCGAACGGGAAGGUGCAGAAAGUCGACGAUGGCAUGCAUGCGUACAUCUCGGCGGAUGUCUUUGCGGAGUUCAUGAAGAGUCCGAUUUUCCAUGUUUUCAAGCUGACCUUCAUGUGCGCUGGUGCCUCAAGCCUAUGCCCUGCUUUUCAUAUUCCCGGUGGCGCGCUCUCCAAGAAGACCUACGGCCUCAAUUUUGUCAAUGUCGAUGGAUGCAAACUGAACACCGCCAACCCGCAGGACAUUCAGAAGGUCUUGUUCGUGAACGUGAAGCGUGGCUUCAGCUUGGAGUACUUGCAGUACCACACCCAGCUUGAGUUCCGUGCAUUUGUUUCAUCCAGAGCCAUCCAGGAUGUGUACGAGAAUGUCCACGGCACCGUGGAUGAUACGGACUUCACUCGCUUCCGGAAGGCUCACGCAGAUGCAAUUAUGUACUGGGCGGCAUUGCAGGAGUUGUCUUCCCUUGGCAUCAACCAACCCAUUGAGAUCGGCAACGAACUCUCCGAGAUCUCUUUGGCUGCGUAUGACAAGCACCUGCACUCCAAAGUCUUCCCCCCUCGAAACAAAGCUUCUGUCACAGAGCUAGUUGGCGAUGGACAUGCCAAAGUCCAUGUGAAGUGCUCUGAGGUUGCGCCGCACCAAGGCAAGCCCCGCAAGAAUGGAAAGGGCAAGCCGUACGGGCACGGGUGGUUCAUGAUCGUCGACCCCAAGAACUUGCAAGUGCUUUCGGUUUCCUGCAUGAGCAAGCCAGAGAACAACGAAGUUGUGAAGGACUCACUGUUGAAGAUCUUGCCCAUGUACAAGAAGGUUAACUGCUUCGUGCUGGAUCGGAACUGCGCCUUCAUGCCGCAAGCCAUGGAGGUGAAAGAAUUCAAGCAGGUGAAGUAUUGGACCAUCGACUGCUUCCAUGCCACUGGGCACAAGAAGACAUGCAAGUGCAACCCUCUGCAUGUGCCGCGGUUGGCCAAGCGGUUGAAGCACGUGAACACGUCUGCGGCAGAGCAAGUGUUCGCGUGGUUUCGGAACUACGCACGUGUGCUGAACGAAUCCUCUCCUCUCCGGCACGCCUUCAAGGUGCUCUACUACUGCAAGAUGCAUAACCAAGCGAUCCGCAACAAGAAGGCCACGUACAUCAACCAGCACGGCCAGCAGAAGCGCAAGCGUGUGGCCAAGCCCUAUCAGUGCUCCUCCGUCUACAAGAAACCGUCCGCCAAGUGA